AUGGAUUUUGAAUCAAAGAACAGUUUCAUAGGAAGCUUUCUUCAGCCACCAGAUAAGAUGCUUCCUGCAGCCUUUGCUUAUAUAGAAUCAAAGAAGUUGGCAGCUGUUGGUGGUGACAGGGCUUCUAUCCCCAAUAACCAAGCCGUGAUGACAGCCCUAAAAAUGCUUCAAGAAAAGAUCCGCCGUCUAGAGCUGGAGAAGUCACAGGCUGAAGAUAAUCUGUGCAGCCUCUCCAUAGAAGCUGCUCGGUAUAAGAAGGCCUUAGACCAUGAAUCCCACAAAAAGGACACAGUGCAUCAGGAACUGAUGCAACAGAGGAAAGAUGUAAGUGUGCAGUUAAAUGCAGCACAAUCCCGCUGCUCUCUGCUGGAGAAACAGCUGGAUUACAUGAGGAAAAUGGUUUCCAGUGCGGAACUGGAAAAGAAAAUGGUUUUAAAACAACAGGCCCAGUUUCAGAAGGAGGAAGAUCAGAACCAGUUGGAACUGCAUGCAAAACUUGAAAAGCUUGAAAUGCUAGUUUUUUGUCUUAAACUUACUGCUACCCAGAGAACUGCAGAAUACAAGAUCAAACAGUUACAAGAAAAGCUUUGUAAAGAAGAGCUUCAGCGUAAGCUGAUACAAGACAAAACUGCUCAGUUUCAAACAGGAUUUGAGAUAAGCAGAAUUUUGAUGUCUUCAGUAACAUCUCAAAAUGAACCUAAAAAGGAAAAUGGGAAGAAGAAAAAAACUAGGAAGAGAAAUCCUCCAGUGAAGAAAACACACCUUAGGCAAUUAAAUGUAAAGGCUGGUGAACUACCUUUUGUGGCUGGGAAGUCUGUCAGUUCCAGCCAUUCUGUCAGUGCAAACGUACAAAGCGUUUUGCAUAUGAUGAAGCAUCGCAACCCACAUACCUUAUCACGAAGCCAAGGAGGAGCUACAUCUGGGAUUUCAGGACGCAGUGCGCGUUCAAAAUCUGUAUCCUCUUGUUCCACAUCACCUACUGGCACCAGAAAUCUUUCAGACCUUCUGUUGUCCAUACAAGAUGAGCUGGGCCAAAUGAGCUUUGAGCAUCAAGAACUUCUGAAGCAGAUUCAGGAGACUCAAGACUCCAGAGUUCGUGAAGACCUAGAAUGGGAGCUGGAUUGCCUUGUAAAACAAAUGGAGAUUAAAGGAGAACAAAUAUCCAAGCUGAAAAAGCAUCAGGCUACUGUGCAGAAAUUAAAGAGAAAAACUCAGAAAUUGAAGCAAGGGGAAGCUCAUGUCAGACUAAAGUGUGGUGACCAAAAGGAAGCAAAGGAGAUAACAGUUGCUGUAAGGGAAAGUAUGUCUAAAUCUUGUCCUGGGCAAAAAAGCAGAAGCUCUCUUCAGCUGCUAAAAAAUGUGCGGAAACUUCAGUCAACACUGAAAAAAGAUGAUAUCAUGUGGGAACAAUAG